CCGAGGCACGGACAUCGGAAUGCCACAGGCUGUCUCACUGCUGCCCUUUCUGCUGGCACUCAUGGGAUAUGCUUUUGCAGGGCUCAAUAUCUGGCCCUCCUUCCACGUUGCCCUUAGCAACGCCAGUGUAUUUGUGGACUUCAGCACAAAAUCCAACAGCAGCACCAUCCGCAAUACAAGCCUUUCUCUGAUCAACACGGAAACCAACACCACCCUUCUGACCAGGACCAUCUCCGACAUCCAAUCGGCCGGUAGGGUGGAGUUCAACUGUUCUUGCUUCCUGUAUGCAGGAACUUUCCGGUUCCUGCUGAAGCAGACCAGCAUCACUGCUGCUUCUCAUGCUAAUGACACACAGGACAUUAGCGCACAGAGCACUACCUGGUGGUGGAGCUCAGAGCUGCAGGUGCAGUGGCCCACCUUUCACAUCGCUGUGGAAAGGGCCGGAAACCACUCAGGAUCAUUUCAGGUUGGGAUAGCCACUAAUGAACACUUUCAGGCGUGCUCCAGGGGCAUUGACGCGGCUCUCUUCUUGGAAGUCAGCUACAUAGAGUACAACCAGAUAGGGCGAAUCAGCAUCGACAAGGUCCAAGCCCGCACACGACACCCAAUCAAACCCCUCCGUUCCCAGAGUGUCGAGCUGUCCUGCGCCUUCCCCUUCACAGAAAGAGACUUCAUACGAGUGGCUUUACGGUCUCCUCAUGAAGCACAGGAUGUGAAGAGCUCUGGGCCGCUGUACCUGUCCCGCAUCUUCUCCUAUAAGCUGCUGGUGGAAAAUACCAACGCUUACAGGAGUGGUUGCGAAGGAACUAUGACUGUUAAACUGAUAACUCCACCGUGUGCUCACAUCAAUGGGAAGGUUUUACUGUAUAAGGAUGCAGGUGCUACGAGAGGGAUUGCAGUUUCACCUGGGAUGGAAGCAGGUGAAACAGCACUGAUGGGGUUGGGACCAGAGGAGCCCUCUUCACCCCCGUUGGCCUUUAACUGGCUGACCCAGGGAGAGAACGAGACAGAAUUCAACUGUUCUGUGUUUUACACUGGAAGGAACAAGUACUGCUUUCGCUUUGUUCUCAACUUCAGUCGCUCCCCGAGUCCUGCACAGACCUGUUUGGUGGUUCACAGAAGUGCAGAGUCAUGGGGCUCAUGGCUGCCCUGGAGUGUGUGCAGUGUGAGCUGUGGAGAGGGGGUGAGGGAACGAGUGCGUGAGUGUUUGCUGCCCUCAGGUGUGGGAGGGAUGCAGUGUACUGGCAUGGUGAAGGAACAGUCCCUCUGCUCGCUGGAGGACUGUGUCGUGUUGCCCACUCCUUCUCCAUCCCUCACCCCUGGGGCUGUCGGACUUGCCCCUCUGGGUGGUAACAUGGUCGUGGUGGCUGGUAUCUCCCUCUGCCUGGCUGUGAUUCUGGCUACGGUUCUGGUGACUUUGUGGAGAAAGCUUUGCAAGACCCCUCAGUGCAGCUCUGUACGCAGAGGCUCCAUGCAUUCCCCUGGAGGGCGCAAGCUCUCUGAUGAGGCGUCCAUUUUUGGCCACAGCCUCCAAAGACCCAGCCUGUCUGACGGCCAUGGCCAACCGGGGGGCAUAGCUGUGGGUGUAGCCCAGAAAGACAGGCCUUCCCUGGGUCAGCUUCUCUCACAGACCCCGGUGAUUCCUCUCUCACAGGACCCAGAAAGGCUGUCCCCUACAGGUCAGAAGAUGAUGCCACCAAUAUUUGGGUACCAUUUGGCUCAGCAGCAGUUGAAAGAAAUGAAGAAGAAAGGGUUAAAGGAGGCAACACAGAUGUACCAUGUCUCUUCAAGCCCAGUCCAUGACACUGUGUUAGGGACAUCUGCUUCACCCACAAACUCCUCCAUUCCUACACCAAGUGGAUUUGCUCAUCCCACACUCUCCGUGGGCCUCCAGGAAGACACUAACUACAAUCAUUUUCAGAUUGCAACUCCCUUUUCUGAGUUGCCAUUGCAGACUUCUAGGUUCACGCCGGACAGACUGAGUCCCAGAGUGGAGCUUGUCUUGGGUCCUUCUGCUCGUGCAAGUGGGGGCAGCUCAAAAUGGCGUGACCGCACUGCUGACUGGGUGGAGAUGGUAGAGAGAAGUGGGUUUGCAGGUCUCAGAGGAGGAGGAGUAGAUGCAGGGAAGGCAAACUCCUUUAAUACAAAUCCAAAUUUCCGCCGGACCUCCAGUUUUAAUGACACCAAACCCCAACCUCGAUCCUCUGGACACUGCAGACCGUUUAGAGAAAGGAGUCUGACCCAGGUUGGAUCUCGGACCCUUCCUGAAGGAAGUUGUUGGAAUAAAGCAGGACGGCAGCCAUACAGCUCUUACCCCAUUCCAGAGCACGGGGCCCUAGAGUGGGCUAAAUCCAGACCCCAGAUAAAUUACCAGAGGCAGCCUUGGAUAGAGACAGCUUCUCCUUCUUACAACAAUGAACUCAAACACAUAGGAACCAAAACCAACAGCAUUUCAGCAUCAGCGAAACAUGCGGAUGCAGAAGUCAGUGGCUCUCAGGAUAGGCAAAGGAGUGGUGAGGCAGGAGGUGGAGAGGGAAUCUCAGGGAUCGGGGGUCCAGCCGCGAGGCCUGCCAGCCUGAGUGUGGAUCGGGCAGAGCGUGCUGAGCAGAACUGGAACCGUCGUGGGCCAUCGCCUAUCCAGAGGAACAUCCUGGCCCGGAAAUUAAAGGACGCUCAGUCGUACUCCGGGGUCAAGGGGCGGCAGCGCAGCUCCACCUUCAGUGUAUCGGCCUCGGAGCAGAGGAAAGGUCGCUGCCACUCUCUGCCCAUGUCUGGAGGUUAUGGCAGCAGUGGUGUCCCCCCCUACAGGCUGAGUGAGGCAGAGCAGAGGAUGUUGGACCUAGAUCUGUCCUCAGCAUAUGUGGGCGAAGAGGUGUAGAGGUUUGUAGUACCAGGGAGGAAUUUCUAUUGCUAAUUACAUUCAUUCCUAACCUAAUCCUCUCUGCCAUAUCUGUGACGUGAUCCUGAGACACACAUAUCAAUGAAGAUUGUAUUGUAUGUUUGAGAUUUUGGAAGUUUGCUUAUAUAUA